AUGGAUGAAAUAACAAAUUAUAUAAGCGAUGAAGAGGAAUUAAAUGAAAAAAUAGAAACAGAGAAUGAUGAACAUGAUGAUGAUGAUGAUGAUGAUGAUGAUGAAAAUGAUGAGAAUAAUGCUGAAAAUACACCUGCAAUAGAAAAUAACGAUAAAUGUGACAACGAGGAAGAAGAAGAUUAUUCCGAAGAAGAAAGAAAUUAUUCUGCGGAUGAUGAAGAGGAAAUAAAUAAUGAAGCAUCUGCUUUAUUUUUAAAACAAAUAUGGGAUGCACAUUGUAUGACUAUUCAAAAACAAAAACAAUCUAAAUUUUUACCGGCCACUAAAAAAUUCUUAGCUGCAGGUUUUGCCCAAAAAGAAAAAAUGCUUAAUAAUAACAAGCAAUUAAUCUCGCAUAUGGUAUUUUUAUGUCGAAACAUAGCAAACGGUAAAAUACCAUUAAAUAUAUCAGAGUGUGAGAGAGCUUUAUUUACGUACAUUUCCGAUAAAGCUACACACCGUUCAGACGUGCGUUUACGCUUGCUCGAGGAAUUUACGGUACAAUAUUAUUGCAAGCUUGCUAUUAAACAAAUAGAAAAAUCUCGGGGUAUUAACAGCGAAGACGACGACAAUGGGAGACGAUGUAAAACGUUUGAUGUUGAUAGAUACCGAAAAAUACAACACGAUGAUCAAAAACCUAGAUCGAUUAGUCGCAAACAAGCAAAUUCUAAACGAGGCAAAACAAACAACGGCCGAAGGGGAAUUAAUUGA